AUGAAGAAGCUACACGACAUGACUCUCGUUAUGCAGGUAAUGGAUUAUGAUCGAUUCUCUUCCGACGAUCCCAUCGGAGAAAUUCUACUGCCCAUGAAAAGUGUGAAAUUCGAGAAUAGCCCCGUCUAUUGGAAGCAUCUACAACGCCCUACAGUAUCCAGGGAAUUAUGUGGUGAAUUAAUGCUAUCUAUGUGUUAUCUCCCAGAAGUGAACAAAAUCACUGUCAGUGUGAUAAAAGCAAGAGAUCUCAAGGCUAAAGAUAAGAUGGGAAGUUCUGGUAAGUGA